CUGGGCUGACUCUACCCUAGGACCCGAGGUCUUAUUUUUGUUUUUCAUUUUCAGCCUUGGCUCAACUACUUUAGUUCUGUGCCUACUGACCCUCCCCUCCCCCCCCUUAGGAAUCCCCAGUCCUAAUUUUCCCUAGGGAUCAUGGGAUCUUUGGCUUGAUUCAGAUCGGGGUCCUCAGGGAGGAGCCAAGCCUCCUCAUCCCCCACUCCUCUAUUUUCCCUUCUGCUCCUUGGGUCGAGCAUCCUAUCAGUGCUUCAUGCCCUUCAGCCAGACUGCCUCUCUGUUGCUGUCUCUAGCUCGGUCAAGGAGUGUGAUGACUGGCGAGCAGAUGGCCUCAUUCCACCAGCCAUCGUCCCCCAGUGCUCUGGAGCGGCCCCUGAAGAUAGGCUGGCUGAAGAAGCAGAGGUCCAUCGUGAAGAACUGGCAGCAGAGAUACUUCGUGUUAAAAGGUCAGCAGCUGUAUUACUACAAAGAUGAAGAGGAUGCCAAGCCACAGGGCUCCAUGUAUCUACCAGGAGGUACCAUCAAAGAGAUUGCCACGAAUCCAGAAGAAGCUGGGAAAUUUGUCUUUGAAGUAAUCCCAGCCUCAUGGGACCAGAAUCGAGCAGGACAGGACCCCUACGUCCUCAUGGCCAGCUCACAGUCAGAGAUGGAGGAGUGGGUGAAAUCUAUCCGAAGGGUCACUGGAGCGCCGUCUGGAGUGGUAUUUGGUCAGCGACUGGAUGAGACUGUGGCAUAUGAACAAAAAUUUGGACAGUAUUCAGUGCCCAUCCUGGUAGAGAAAUGCAUGGAAUUCAUCAGAGAGCAUGGCCUGAAUGAGGAAGGUAUCUUCCGACUACCUGGACAGGACAACCUGGUGAAGAAGCUGAGGGAUGCCUUUGAUGCUGGGGAGCGACCUUCUUUUGAACGAGAUACAGAUGUCCAUACUGUGGCCUCCUUAUUGAAGCUCUACCUUCGAGAACUCCCUGACCCUGUGGUGCCCUGGAAUCAAUAUGAGGGAUUUCUGCUCUGUGGCCAGCUUAUGAAUGCGGAUGAAUCAAAGGCACACCAGGAACUGAUAAAGCAGAUUUCCAAUCUUCCCCGAGACAAUUACAACCUCCUGAGUUACAUCUGUAGGUUUCUAUAUGAAAUCCAGUUGAACAGUGCAAUUAAUAAGAUGUGUGUGGACAAUUUGGCCACAGUGAUUGGUGUGAACCUCAUCAAGCCCAAAGUAGAAGACCCUGCUGUGAUCAUGAGAGGGACUCUCCAGAUACAAAGAGUGAUGACUAUGAUGAUUCGAGACCAUGAAAUACUCUUCCCCAAAUCAAAGGAUGUUCCCCCAUCUCCACCUGCCCAGAAACAUGACUCCAAGAAAUCUCCCGUCCCCCGCAGCUCAGUCGGCUGGGAUGCUGCUGAAGAUUCCUCUAUACUUCGGACAGAUGGCUUUAAUCAGGAGACCAGUGACACCAAUAGCAGCAGUUCCAUUGGCCAAAAGCCAGGUGAUGGAACAGUGGAAUUGGAAACCAGCAAAGCAGCUAAAGAGUUGUCAGGAUCAUGGAAGUUACAGUCACGAAAAAGGACUCAAACACUUCCGAAUAGGAAAUGUUUCUUAACCUCAGCUUUGCAAAGUAGCAACAGCAGCAAAGUGGAGAUCUUUAACACAGAGUUCUGGUCUCCCUCUCCUGAAGGCAAAGCCAGUGGGCACAAAAGAACACUGUCUCAAGAUUUGCGCCACUUUUCAGACUCCGAGCCAACUUCCCCAUUCAAUAGGGUGCCCACCUUCUCAUCAUCUACUGGUGAUAAAACCAGCCCUCCUGAAUCCCAGGCAUCCUCCAAGACUGAUGUUCUGACCAGUGUAAGCCCUGAUGAAAAAGUGUCUGGUCAGGAGGACCAGGAGUCUCUGCAGAAGGUGAUUUUAGAACUGAAGAAAGAAAUGGCAGCACAGAAAGAGUCCUAUGAGGAACGAAUCAAGAGCUUGGAGAGGGAGAACUAUGAUGUUUGGGCCAAAGUAGUGAGACUAAAUAAAGAAAUGGAACAAGAGAAGAAGAAGUUAGCUGACUUGGAAAUCAGCUUUCAAAAUAUGGAACACUCACGGCAAGAUCUGGAGAAGAGGAAUAAGGUCCUGGAAGAAGAGCUCAAAGAGUACGCCAAGUUGAAGUUGAGCAAGGAGCCGAAUUCAAAUGCUUGACAUUGGAGAGAGUAGUGGGUGCCUAUUUAGCAAAAUUUUAUUUCCAUGAGGACCUGGGAGGAGAUGUAGACAUAAUUGCCUCUGGUUCCUGUUAGAGGACUUGGAUACAGAGAUAUUUGCUGGGGGAGAAAGUACCAUUUGGCAAACAAAAACCACUUCCAGGAAGUUAAUUUGGUGGUCUAUAAAGGAUGUGGCAGAUAGGCUAUGUAUGGCUAUCCCUAUUUGGAUGAGUUUGGGAAAGGAUAAGGCUUUUUCCUCUGAAUCCCAGGAUGAGCGAAGAUGAUAUCAAUUCUUCUAAUAGUCAGUGAAUAUCUCUGACUGAAAAAAUUCUGGACAAGCUGCAGUUCAGGAGAGCUCAGAAAGCCAGCCACCUCUGGGCCAUUAGGUGUUGGUUUCCUGGUUCUCUGGGUCUUGAGAGACAAAGAACAGAUAAUGACAGCCAAUCAUCUCUUCUUUAUCUAUAAUAUGAUUGAAAUGCCUUUUGGAUCUUUCAAGUUUUAAUUCCUUGCCACUACUGCCUUGAAUAUGAGGCAGAAUGACAUAGUGGGGCUUGGGACCUGAGUUCAAGACUCAUCUUUGACACAUAUUGGGUGUGUUACCCUGACCAAGUCACUUAAACUCUAAGUGCUCUAGGCUAUUCUCUAAGAUUCUAAGUUGUAGAGAUGGUACUGAUUUACAUUGCUGGAUGGAGAUUUCUCCUCUGAGAAUUCCUUUUAUCAAUAAAAUCAAAGAUUUGGUUCUUGUCCUCAAUAGCACCUAGCAAGGUCCUAGAUCACUUCCUUAUCAUUCAGUCAUUAUGUUCUCAAGGAUCAGAAGAUCCUGCCAUAGAAAGACAAAACUGGGACUUUAUAGUGUGCUCGGUACAAUUCUAUCACUUAAUAGAAGAGGAAAUGGACCCAGGAAGGGGAUAUGCUUCCCAAUAUCAGAAAAAGUUAGGGGCAAAAUUGGGCCUAAAACCCAGGUUUCUUGCUUUCCCAUUCAGCGUUCUUUCCAUUGUACGACACUGCCUCUGAAAGAAGGCAACUCUGUUGGAAGAAAAUAUAAACUGUCUUUCAAAGCUAAAUAGAAACACUUUGCACUGGUCUAAUGUUUUUGGUUUUUCUGUUCCUCUAUACUGGGGAGUUGGCUUUGGGUCAUUGUAAAGAAGCAUUUACUAACAAAGAGAGCUAUGGAAAAGUCAAUGAGUUGUCUUGUGGGGUAGUGAGUUCCAGUUCCUGGAGGUUUCUAUGUAGAAGCUGGAUCACCAUUGUUUGGGGAUAAUAUAAAAGUGGAUUACUAUUGGACUAAUGGCUUUUCAGAGCUAGGACCUUCUCCUAGCAAUUGUGAUAAAGCUAAAAAAGCCACAUUUUGGUUCAAGUCAAUAAGCAAUUAUUAAAAACCUACUGUGUGACAGACACUGUUAUAAAAUAAAGAAUAAAAUAUC